AUGGGCUCGAAGGUGCCGCCUAAAGAUGAGGGCAUCACGCCUCUGGACUGCAUCUUCGCAUGCUCAGUCUGUGGGGACAUUUUCUCCAGCGUUUACCAGCAGCACGACUCGGUGCAUGGCCUCUCCGACGGUAUCAAUCCCAAGGAGCGUAUUGUGACCCGUCUGUACGUGACAAGCUGCUGUCAUGUCGUCUGCAUCAAGCAUAUCAACGACGGCAAUGGUCCCGCAUUUCACCAGGCGGGUCAACAGCCACAAGCUUCGUGCCCUUUAUGCGUCAAAGAGAACGGCGACGAUACGGCACGCCAGCUUUUUUCGGUGCGCGGCUUCGGCGAUGAUGAGCACGAUCCUGCGAUACCCAGUUUCUGGUUCAAGUCUCCGCCGAUAGCGUUGGAGGGCAAAAACAAGGAGAUGGAGGCUUUGCGAUUCCAGUACCUCGCUCUUAUACGGUUCAGUAAAACAAUAGCCACUUCCCAUAAGCAAGCUGCGAGGAGCCGCGCUGAGACCGAAGCCAAGCUUCGGAGUAUGCAGGACCUAGCAGCUGAAGAGCAUGAGAAGGUCAAGACCCUCCAGCGGGAGCUUGAGCGGCUUCGUCCCAUGGAAGGUGAAGCGCAGAAGUUGCGUAGACUCGAAGCGAGGCUACCUGAGACACGGCACUAUCUCAAUCUUAUUCCAAAGCUGGUCGAGUACGCGAACUACCACGAACACGCAAAUGUAAUUCUAACAAGGUGCAGGCAAAACACCAAGAUGCAGCAACGCUUAGCUUCGCUGGGAUUCGCAAUGAGCUUGGAGCCCAUACACAAUGAACCUCUCCCUCUCAAUAACAAUGACGGGCUUGAUCAAGACAAUGCACGAGAUAGGCCCGUGGAUUCGCUCAAAACGGGUUCUAUUCAUACGGACGGCGGAUCCGCGCAAAACACUGGCUUCGGGGAAGAAAUGGAUGAGGGACCAUCUCCCAGCGCUCAACGUCAACGCCCACUUAAGCGGUCCAGGGUCGACUCACCUACAACAGCGAACAACGUUCACGCAGGCCCUUCAAGCCGCGACAUAAUGCCACCUCCGUUCAAGCCUCUCUCUAAAAUUAAGUCGAUGCGCAAGAUCAUUCCGAGCCUUCGCAAUAAGUUUACAAACGGACGCUCACCUGGAGCGGCCGCUCACAAAAGUUCCUCCGGUAUGGACGUGCAAAAGUACGAUAAUGGCCAGUGGGAGGUUCUCGACGAAGUUCCGAAGUUGAGUGAGAUCGACGAACGACCCCCUACUCGUUACGGAUCCCCGUCAGAUACGCCAUACAUGACAGGCGCGCUACCUGUGGACGAUGGUCCGUUGGAUGAACCCGCACAAUCAAACUUCCUUUCCGGUCUCGGCAUACACAAUAAUGCGUUGGACUUCACGUUCCAGUCCCCUUCCAUGUUAUCGUGGUCCAAACAACGCUCUUGCAAGCUACCCACCGCCCCGUCGUAUAUUCGCCUGCUUGAUGGUCUCGGCCAACAUGAAGGCCUUGAUUUGGGUUUAGAAGAUCCUAGGGAUCGUAAUGGAGCAGAUGAUGCAUACACACACCCACCCGAGCAAUAUCUGCAGCGACCUCGACCUAACAAUGGCUCACAAUUCAAUGUUCGUUCAAACCCGCCAGAAGUCCAAACAAAAACAAAAAAUCGUCAGAAGCAAUGGAACUUUGGCCAUGCGUUUCUAGAGCAGUCAACGAUCAAUGCUAACCCGAAUUCGGCUUAUCACCAGUCUGGUCGAGUUCACGACAGGGACGACGAUGCCGUAAUGAACAUCUCCCAGAGUCGCACUAUCACGAAUCCAGUCACACCAGCACCUGUCCGGUUCCAGCGACCUAUAGACAAGGUGGACAACGUAGUAAGUCCUUUCCUUGGGGGCAGCAGUCAUCGUUCGCAGCCACUCCCGAGAUCCCAGUUCACUGAACACGACACUAGUUCACGUCGCUCCGGCGUCUUUCAAUCGCGCCACCACAGACCCUCUUUGGACACGGACUGGCGUGAGCCGCGCAGCCUGAACGGUCUUUCCUUCCUUGACUCGCCCAUGAACGAGAGAAGUGAACUCAUUGACUGGCGAGGAGAGACACGACCGCAGGAACAUGCAACGUCACUGACACAGCAUCGCGGUCGAUACAUCAACUCUCAGGGGUUCCUCGUGAGGCCUGAUGCAGCAGGCUCGCCUGGCGCCCAUGGAGCAUAUACGCCCCUUGAUCAAAAACAAUUCUCGUCACUGCGAACGCCAAAUCUUUCUGCAACCUCGUUUUCAUCUUUCAGUCGUCGUCCAUCGCAGUCACAAGCUACUCGUCUUCCAUGCGCGAUGCCAUCCAUAAUAUCUGGCUCUUCCCCCCGCCGGAGACCACAGACGCAUAACGUUGGAUUGCCUGGAGUGAGAGGUAGCCAUCAUCCACGAGGGCAUGUUUCUGGGGGUGCGCAUUCAAUUUCGGCAAGACCAGUCUAUUCAAGUACGAGGCGACGUGUUAUUCGGCGGUGAACAUGAAAAGCUAUGUAUGGG